AAGGUGAUGGAGCCCUACACCGCCCGGGCCCUCAAGGUGCGGAAGAACAACUCCCUGAAGGAUUUCGUGGCCGUGGCUGGGCCCCUGGGGGGGACACAUUUCUUGGUGUUCAGCAAAUCCUCCUCCAGCAUCAAUUUUAAGCUUUUCCGGUUGCCCGGUGGCCCAACGCUGACGUUCAAGGUGAUGCAGUACUCGCUGAUCAAGGACGUGGUCUCGUCCCUCAAGCGACACCGCAUGCACGAGCAGCAGUUCACCCACCACCCACUGCUGGUCCUCAGCAAUUUCGGUCUCCAGCAGAUCCAGGUCAAGUUGAUGGCCAGCAUGUUCCAAAAUAUGUUCCCCUCCAUCAACGUCCACCGGGUCAACCUCAACAGCAUCAAGAGGUGUUUGCUCAUCAGCUAUGACACGGAGACGCAGCUCCUCAAUUUCAGGCAUUACAGCGUGAAGGUCGUGCCCGUGGGCAUGAGCAAAGGCCUGAAGAAGCUGCUGCAGGAGAAGUUCCCCAACAUGAGCCGCCUGGAGGACAUCAGCGAGCUGCUGGUGAAAGACAUAAACCUGUCGGAGAGUGAGGCCGAGCAGGAUGGGACCCACAACGUUCUGGAGCUGCCACAGGCGUAUGCCGGCCGAGGGAACAUGAAAGCGCAGCAAAGCGCCGUUCGCCUCACCGAGAUUGGACCCCGCAUGACUCUGCAGCUCAUCAAGGUGGAGGAGGGCCUGGCGCAGGGCAAUGUGCUCUACCACAGCUUCAUCCACAAGGUGGAAUCAGAGGUGAAGGAGAUCCUGGCGCGGAAGGAGGCAAAGCUGCAGCUGAAGGCGGAGCGGCGGCAGAAGCAGGAGGCGGACGUGGAGCGCAAGCGACGGCAGCGCGAGGCUCACAGGGAGAAGAGCCUGGCAGGGAUGCGGCGGAAAUGGCAACAGGAUGGCGACAGUGACGCCGAGGAUCCUGGCGCGCCAGAGCAGCAGGAUGCGGCUGAGCAGUCGGAGGAGAGCGAUGCCGAGUAUUACCGGCAGGAGGUGGGCGAGGAGCCGGACAAAGAUCUCUUCCCCGACCGCACCAAGAGGAAACGAAGCUCCUCGGGUCCUGUCCCACUACGGAAGCGACGACGGCAAACCCAGCCGGAGCAUCCCACUGCCCCCAGCCCUCGCCCCACAGUGCCAGGGAAGCGGCGGAAGGGAGACCCGCCACCAAAAAGAGAGGGGACAGGCACCGGGAGGAACCCCCUCCCCGAGAUGGCCGCCCAGCUCAGUCACUGCGGUAACUUCAGCAGCUUCCAAGAGUCGCUGUGGCCGGUGCUGGCGGCGCAAUUCCCGCUGGCGCUGGUGGGUAACGGUAUGGCUGUUUGGCCUGUUUACGGUUUGGCCGCCCGCGAGCGCUCCUGGCACAGCGGCAUCGUCUACUCCUUCCACCUGGCCGUCAGCGGGAUGCUCUACUCCCUCUCGCUGCCGUUUCUGGCAGCGUAUUACUACCCGCCCAAGGACUGGCGCUACGGACCGGCGCUGUGCAAGCUGGAACGUUUCCUUUUCAACUGCAACCUUUACGGCGGCAUCUUCUUCGUCACCUGCAUCAGCCUCAACCGCUACCUCGGCAUCGUUUACCCGCUGCGGGUCCACGGACGGCUGCAGCCACGCCACGCUAAGGCGCUGAGCGCGGUCGUUUGGGUGCUGGCUGGGGGGCUCUCAGCCCCCACCUUUUAUUUUUCAGAGCUGCAAGAAGCGGAGGGUGCGAUCGAGUGUUUGGGGAGUGCGGCCCCGCAGCGGCUGUGGGGAUUUUAUCCCUACAGCCUGCUGCUGGCCGGGCUGGGCUGCGGGCUGCCCUUCCUGCUCACCGCCUCCUCCUACGCCGCCAUUAUCCGCACUGUUUUCCGUAAUCCUCACCUCAGCCCGCCGGAAAAGCGGAAGGUGGGAAUGCUGGUAGGGGCAGGAGUGGCUCUCUACGCCUUUUCCUACCUGCCCUACCACAUUUUCCGUAACCUCAAUUUGUGGCGUCGCCUGCUGCGACCGGGCACGGAGGACUGCGCCGUCUCCAGAGCCAUCCACGCUACCGCUCAGGUCUGCAAAAUCCUCGUUAACCUCAACAUCUGCCUGCACCCGCUGCUCUACGCCGCCCUGGCCGACAGCAUGCAGAGCUGCUGCGGCGCCGGCUGCGGCAGUGGUGCCAGCUGUGGCAGCAGGGAGCGAGCUGAGCACGUGGAGCUGCAGCCGGUACCCUAG